GAGCCUCUUCCAGUAGUGGCUCCCUCCAGUUACGAGACAGCACGAAAGCACUUCCUUGCAUGAUAUUCCACAGGGACGGCAGGCCCUUUGCAGACACCUCUCUGAUAGGGUGUCUUCUGCAGGUAGAGACAUUCCAGCUCAUGGCAGAGCAGUUUCUUCAAAGCGAUUUUCCUUCCUGGCAGGAGCUGAAGUCGCCGAAGCACGUAAAGGAGAAGAAAACGAGGCUUUACGUUCAGUUCUACGUCGAGGAUGUGAAGCUGCUUCAUUCUCCUGAAAAAAGAGGCCCCGAGACUCCCAAAGUCCACGAAGAGUCCUCUCCUGUGCCAAAGGACAACGGGAGCCCUGUAGCUGAGCCAAGAUCUCCGGGCGGGAACCUAGCAAACACAGAAGGGGCUAAAACAGUAGCGAAUCCUCCCGAACCUUCCGAGAACAUUGCUGGGGAAGCCAGGGGCGUGUCCCGUCUGUUUUUGGUGACCCAGAAAGAGGGUCUCAUGCGGCGCAACUACCCGCGGGCUUUGGAAGGCGAAGGCAAAGACGGUCAAGCGCGGCAGCUCUGUUUCCAAGCCACAGUGUUCUGGAUGGGUAAACCGGAGCAGUGCAGGGGAGAAGCUGAGGUCCAGAAGGGGCUCGGUGCCUCUGUGCUUGGAGAGCCCAGCGAAGCCGAGCCAGAAGUAUUGCUGCUGUUCCUGGGGAAAGCACUCCGGUGGUUCCCGGUCCUGCACCCGGGUCGACUGUACCAGCUUAUCAUACCCCAGGGCUCGGAUCUCAAUGUUUCUGACAAAUUGUGCCUCCCGGUGGGACCAGGGAACCUCUCAAAUAUGAAGAACUGCUCCUUAUUUCUCCCUGUUCCAGAGACUGCCUACCUGCACCAUGUGAGCUGGACGUCCCAGAUGGCUCCAGAGGCAUCAGAGAUGGGACCGAAAUUAUUUCCCAUUGCAGAGAUACUCAGCCCUAGUUUCACGGGAACCCUAGUCUCGUUCUCUGGAGUAAUAGCAGAGAGGACUUUACGCGAAUGUCUGACUGGAAAGAAGCCAGUCGCAUCUCACUCUGACAGGCAGCAGGAAGGGAAUUUCUUGCCCUGGGAUUACACUCUGAAGCUGAGCAUAUUGCCCACAUGUGGUCCCUCCACUGGGCUGGACGUGUAUGUCGAAGCCACCUUCCUGCCAUAUCUUUGGGGCAUGCUCCCUGGAGCCAGGAUCCUCUUCCACAACUUGCAGCGCAGAAUUUCCAGGUUCAGAAAUGUCUAUUGCACUUACACGGCCUCCAGCUGCCUGAGUGUUCUGAGCCCCCUGCCUCCCGCCUCCCCUCCCAGGCCUACCGAUGGCGGUUCCCGAUUCCCAGCGGCGUACCUGUCUCGAAUACAGCUUCAGCCUCCCAGUCUGGGCCAGGUGCAGGUCACCUGCCACGUGACGUGCGUCCUGACUCUGUCCCUGAGCUGGACCUGCUCUCUCUGCGGCAGCAUCAUCAAAGAGGGAAGAUGCAGCCAACAGAACCCACCUUGCUCAUCCUGUACUGGAGUGAUUAAAGCUAAUGCCAGGAUUCUAGUAGAAGACGGGACAGGCGAGGCUGUGGUGUCGUGCAGGAACCAGCAGGUCCGUGAAGUGCUGGCUCUGAGCCCCAAGGAGUGGGAUGUCGUGCAGGCCCACGUCCGGAGCAAAGGCUUCGUCUGCAUCCGGCACAACGAGAGCGGUGGUGGUCCCGGGGGCACGGAAGAUCCCGGGGACUUGCUGACGUCAUACUUGAGAAGCCUGUGCAGAAGCCCUGUUGUCCUUCGGUCUCUCGUGUUGGGUGCCAGGCUGGAUAGAAAGCCCACCGAGGCAGGCUCACGAUGGAUGAGAAGGUUCGUGUCUAACGAAGUGGAGUUCCAAAGCCAGAUGAGGAAUCAACCGAAACUGAUGUGCCUGAGCAUCCGGGAGGCCACCUGAGCCGUGGGAAAGGGGAAGGGGGAAAGAAAGCACCUUACCUCGUAUUGGACAGCCAGCGCCUGCCCUCUGGGUCGCCUUCACAAGAUGAAACGCCUGUUGUUGCUUUUGUGCGUCUUAACAGGAGACUUUUCAGUGGGAAUCUCCUACUGCUGCGGCGUUAUGGAUUGAGAGCCGAGCUGUCCCCAGAUAAGCUGGGUCCAGAGAGAGGGCUGCGCACCUCGUUCUCAGAGAGAUGGUGGUGUCUGGAUUGUACCACGUAAGAAGGCAGGUGGAGACCUACAUUAUUGCGUGUUCUUCUAAAACGACAAGGAUCCAUUCAUGUAGAAAAUGGACAUGUUGGGGCGAAGGCUGAGAGAGCCGACUCCCC